AUGUAUACAAGCUUAAGAGUUUCAGUAGUCAAUGGUAAUUAUAAUACCAAACCGGUAAUAACCAUAUUGAAAUUCAAAAGAGGACGUGCAACAUACGUGCUUACGUUUGAUUUAUCCCAAUCAAAGACGUUAACUGUUCAAGUUUUCAAACAAAAGUUAGCUCAGAUCAUAAAGUCAUCAGGAGGAUUGGCUAUAGAAGAUGCUGAUCCUAUUUCAGCAGAUUUAGAUGGGGAUCAAGAUAUUGAUGAAGAAAGUAUACCUGUUCCCAAACCUGAAUUCAUGGAAGAUAUAGAAAUAGAAGAUGAUCCUAAUAUUAUAAAAGAGGUUAAUGCAGCUGAGUUGAGGAUCGCGGUUCCAAAGGAUAAGGCUUCACCAUAUGAUAACGAAUGGAUUGAAAUCAGUGAUGAUUCUACUUUGGCCAGUUUAAUAUUUAAUGAUUAUGAUAUUAUUGCAUUUGCAUAUGGUGAAGAAGAUACCUUCGAUGUUAUAGAAGCUGCUUUUGAAGAGUAAAUAGGAUUAGUUUUUAUAGAGAUAGUUGAAUGAAAAAAAAAAUUACUGGCACCUUCUAUUCUAAU